AUGUACGCGUGUUGCACACUUCAUACAGAGAGACAGGUCCUGGCAGAAUUUAACCAGAUCACCAGCUCCAAACUGGGCAAUGAUUUCGUUGAAGCAUUGGAUUGCCUAACGACACAGUUCAUCAAGCUCUUUAAGGCCAAAAGGGGGACUGCUGGCGCUAAGCUUUCCAAGAUUGUCCGGCACCUCGAUUCCUUUCAGAGGAGAUGGAGAAAGGAGAAAGGUACACAGCAAAAGAGAUGGUGGAACUGCAGGAAAACCCUGGCGAGGCUUGGGGCCUCCUGGACGAUGGUGGAGACCCCUGAUCCAGAUCAUCUCAACAUCAUCCAGGACAACACCGACAAAGAAAACACUCUGUUCCGACUCUUGCCACCAGACACUGAGCUCCAGCUUGUGGUGCAUAAAACCUGA